CCUCCGUCGCCCAUCGCCUUCGUCUGCACGUCAUCCUGGCUCCCGCAUCUGCCCUGCUAAGCUUUGUUGAAUGGUACAACCAGGCUCCCAAAAGGUCCAGCUUACGGUCAUCGCCGCCGAUGGCUUGAUCAAGCGGGAUGUCUUUAAGCUCCCUGAUGCCUUUGUCAUUGUCACCGUCGAUGGUGAACAGACCCACACCACUUCUGUCAUGAAGAAGACUCUGAAUCCGUACUGGAAUGAGCGGUUUGAAGUUAAUGUCACCAACACCAGCGUCAUUACUGUCCAGGUGUUCGACCAGAGGAAAUGGAAGAAGCAGACCAACCAGGGUUUUCUCGGCGUCGCCAACAUCCAAGUCGGACAGAUCUUUGAUGUCGCUGCUGGUGGUGAUGAAAUGCUCACCCUGGAGCUCAAGAAAGGCAACUCGACCGAGAACGUCAGCGGCAAGCUGAUUGUCAACCUCUCGACCUUCAACACCACCGUCAACCAAGAAAGCCCUGUCCGCCCCACACCUCCGGCUCUCCCCGCCAGCAGCACCAUUUCGACCUCCAACCCGCCUCCGGUUAGCAUGGCCCCGAACCAGUCCGGCGCUUCUGGCUUGAACAUCCAGGCGGCCUCCCAGACCGUCCCACCCCCCGCACAUCAUCACCCAGCCACGCAGCCCCAACCUGUCAUCCAACCCCAACAUACCGUCCCUGCCCAGCACCCCGUCCACGCCCAACCCACGGUGCAGCCACCACCGAUUAUCCACGCUCAGCCAACGGCUCAUCCCCAGCCUGUGCAGAUGCCCACUCCCUCCCUGCCCAUGCCGCAGCCCCAACCUGUCGCUCAGCUGCCGCCCAUGCAAGCCCCCCAACCGCGACUUGCCGUCGUCGACAACUCCCCACUCCCCCCUGGAUGGGAGCGACGACAAGACCAGCUUGGCAGAACCUACUAUGUCGAUCAUAACAACCGUCUGACCACCUGGACACCUCCUGUGUUUGCCCCCCAGCCCCAGCCUCAGCCCCAGCUCCAGCUCCAGCCGCAGCCGCAGCUCCAGCAGCCACCGGCUGUCCGUCCCAACCAGCCUACGCCAACUAGCACAGGACCUUUGCCUUCUGGAUGGGAACAACGCUUCACUCCUGAUGGCCGAGCCUACUUUGUCGAUCACAACAACCGAAUCACCACUUGGGUCGAUCCUCGCCGCACCGACCAGCCCAGUCGCCUCCCUGCACAAACCCCGACCACGCUUGCAGUUGCCCUGCAAGAGUCCAUCGCCAGACUCGGCCCCCUGCCCGGCUCGUGGGAAAUGCGCAUGACCAACACCGGUCGAAUCUAUUUCCUGGAUCACAAUGCCAAGAUUACCACCUGGGACGAUCCUCGUCUUCCCUCCUCUGUGGACCAGUCGGUGCCGCAGUACAAGCGUGACUACCGUCGCAAGCUGGUCUACUUUAGAAGCCAGCCCGCCAUGCGCCAAGUUGCGGGCCAGUGCCACAUCACCAUCCGCCGAGAGAGCAUCUUUGAGGAUUCGUACUCCGAAAUCAUGCGCUUCCCUGCUGCGGAGCUGAAGAAGAGAUUGAUGAUCAAGUUCCACGGCGAAGACGGCCUCGACUACGGCGGCCUGUCGCGCGAGUACUUUUACCUGCUCUCCCACGAAAUGUUCAACCCUAGCUACGGCCUCUUUGAGUACUCUGCCCACGACAACUACACCCUCCAGAUCAACCGCAAUUCCGGCAUCAACCCCGAGCACCUGAACUACUUCAAGUUCAUCGGACGCGUUGUCGGUCUGGCCAUCUUCCACCAGCGUUUCCUCGACGCUUUCUUUGUGACCUCGGUCUACAAGAUGAUCCUUCAGAAGAAAUGCUCCCUGAAGGAUCUGGAGAGCAUUGAUCCCGAGCUCGGCAAGAGUCUGCAAUGGUGUCUCGACAACCCCAUCGACGGCAUCCUCGACUUUACCUUCUCGGUCGACUACGAGAACUUUGGUGUCGUCGAGACCUUCGAGUUCAAGCCCGAUGGCCGCAACAUCACCGUCACAGACGAAAACAAGUCCGAAUACGUCGAGCACAUGGUCCAAUACAAGACCUACCAAUGUGUCGAGGAGCAGUGCAAGGCCUUCAUGCAAGGCUUCCUCGAGUUGAUUCCCCAGGAGCUGAUUUCGGUCUUUGACGAACGCGAGCUUGAGCUCUGCAUCGGCGGCAUCAAUGAGAUCGAUAUCGAUGACUGGAAGAAGAACACCGACUACCGCGGCUAUCACGAAGGCGACGAGGUUAUUCGCUGGUUCUGGAAGUGCGUUGGCAACUACGACAACGAGAACCGCGCUCGACUGCUACAGUUCGUCACAGGUACCAGCCGUAUCCCUGUCAACGGCUUCAAGGACCUCCAGGGCAGCGAUGGUCCGCGAAGAUUCACUAUCGAAAAGACCGGCGAUCCCAACGGCCUGCCAAAAUCCCACACUUGCUUCAACCGCAUUGAUCUGCCUCCGUACAGAUCCUACGAUGCUCUGAACGCCAAGCUCACGCUGGCUAUUGAAGAGGGUGGACUCUUCAACCUCGAAUAAUCUCCUGCGACAAGCCUUGCCCCCCCCCCAGUGGUGACGGGUGUGCC